GUUAUUGUGACUCACUCUUUUCUUCCUCAGUGGCCCCGACGGUUCGAGGCUCUUUCAAACAUUCUUGUGACUGGAACCCAGAAUGAAACAGGAGAGCUCUCUGAGCUGGUUUGAUAUCCAGUGCAUCACAUAUAACAGAAGGCCUUACAUUCAUAAGGAAACAGGAGGGCUGUUCUGUGCAGGUCGUCUUUAGACGUCUGCUUUUAAAGGAAACACAUGCCCAGUCAAUGGUUCAUGAGUUACAGUGUUGUCGUAUUUUAUGAUACUAUACACAUAAUUCAACAAAGUCUUCUAAUUGAAGGCUAUCCAAAAAAAAAAACAAUCUCAGUUCAAAAUCAGUGAAGUUACAGAAUCUUACUGGAAAUUGGCCCCAAAAAAAUCACAUUUAUGAACACAACAUAUCCAGUUGUGUUCCGCUAAAACAUAAUUUAGAUAUGAAUAGAAAAUAAACAAUUGAAUGCUUACUGAAUGUGUUUUUGUAUUGUAGUGUGCAGCAGGUACGAGGUGAGCUAGAUCUUUGUACAAUCAUUUAAACAAUCAAUGCGCCUCCCCUUCGUCCAUCUGUCUGUUCCUCGGUCUGUCCGUCAGUCCGUGGUCGACAGAACAAUGAGCGGGGUGGAGCCAAAAGCCUAGAAUACAUGGCAAUGCCCUUGUGCGUCAGUUGUCUAAUUGGCUCAAGGGUGUCUUUCAAUUGAAGGCCUGGAGACUGUUAGUCUUACUAUAUUUGUCCUGUCCUCCAUGCUUCCCUUGGCACCGCAGAGGAUACCAGGUACGAUUAAGUCAUUGUAUUAAGUAUAUUGGAAUGUGAUUGUUUUUCAGUUGUCGGGGUACUAACGAGAACUAGAAGGAACAUGCAGAGGGAAUGCAGCAAAAUGGUAAACAUGACCCAAGGACUUCAUAAGCUAUGUUACACACCUCUCCUGUCACUGACGCUCGAACCAGGCAGGCUCCGAGCAAGUUCACGCUGCAGAGGUCGAAAGGCUGCAUCGAGUGAAGGUAAACUCAUCGUCUUCCCUCGCAUCUCCGGUGUGGGGAUCUGGAGGCCGUGGUCCGGAUGAUGUCAUUGGUCACUCUAACCGGACCUCCGCCGUGGGGCUUCCGUCUCUCUGGGGGCUUGGACUUCCGGAGGGUUCUGACCAUCUCUAAGGUGAAUGUGUCCAGCAAGGCAGAGCUUGCCAGUUUACGUGUGGGCGACGUGAUAGUGGAGAUCAAUGGAGAGAGCGCUGCAAGGAUGCUUCACGUACAAGCUUAUGACAACAUCAAGAACUCAAGAACCUUGCUGACGCUGCUUAUAGAAAGACCACACACAGCCAUCUUCAGGCAGCCACAAUGUGUCGCAGUGCCUCCACAAAAGCCAGCCUGUCAAAAACAGAUGUUUGCGCAAAAAGUGUCCGAAGUCAGCCGAGAUGGAUUCACAAACAUGGGGAGUGCCCAGUGCUCCCACACAGUUAUGAAACAGAGAGUCCUGCCUGCUGUGAACUCCCCAGGCAGGAAGCCUGUGAAGACUGAGGGCCAACAUGACAACACCCAGAGCUGCGAUGCCCCCAGACAGACGUCUCCGCUUCUGACUUUGGAGGUCUUUAAGGGUAGCAGACUAAGAGACACGGCCCCUCGCCAAUCCAACACCUUCAACCUGAUACAGGAAGUGCUGGAGCAAGACUAUAGAAAAUCAGGUCCGAGAACUCAAGACAAGACGCCCUCCUCAGCACUCCCGCCCAGCAACCUCCCCUUUUUCAGAGUGCGGCCGUUCCGCUCAUGUGAAAGCUGCGGCACUCGAAUUGUCACGCAAGCCAUUAAGAUCAGCGAGGGGCGCUAUCGGCAUCAGGAGUGCUACACGUGUCAGGACUGUGGACUGACUCUGCUGAAGAGGGGACACUUCUGGGUAGGGGAGCAUCUCUACUGUGGGAAACAUGCCUCUCAGAGGUAUCAGAGUCCUCGAUGAGCCGAGGAACCAACAGGAACGUAGGCCAAAUGUCUGAUGUGAUUAUAUGAGUACAGAAGAUACAUGGUAAGGGGUUUUAAAUUGGCCAAACGACCAAAACAAUUCCCCUAAGUUUAAGAAGAGGGGUAAACUGGACAAUGUAUUAAUAUUAACCAAAUAGUAUAAUUGCAUUUAUUUGACUCUAUAGAUUAAAUCAGAGCAAGAAUGGUCAAAGUAAAGUUCAAUUAAAUUAAUGUUUAUUAACAUUACACAUGAAUUAAAUAAAUUACAAAGCAAACAUGUUACAAAGUGAAGGUUUUAAAUCUUACCUACUCUACCAUGAUUAUUGGAAAUCAGAGAGAGAAAGAGUAAGAGGUGAGCAAGGACAAGGAGUGGGAGAGCUGCUGAGAAGCCCUCAGGAGAUCAAGAAUCGAGAGAUCAAUGCUUCACAAUUCCCUUUAUACCCAAAUAUUAUCUGUAGAACCAGCAAUCCGACCACAUGUUGACCCUCACUUACCAACACAUGACCACAAAUGCAACAGAAAGCCAAUGAGGUGUGAGGGCCGUCAGGCAAAGACUGUUCAGCAACUGAGAGGUGGGGGCAGGCAGGGGGUGUCUCCCAGCCUACAAUGGUAUUUUCAACCUAGACAGGAACCUAUGCACCUUUAUGGGACGUGCUUCUACAGAUCCAUAAGGACAUAUGACGUGGUGUCAUUCUUCUUUGCUUAGGUUUUUCAACAGCCAUCACUGAGAGGCCUCUUGGCAUUUGAAAAUGUGAAAUUUCCCAUUAUGUGCAGUAGGGGUCAGUCUUUACGCACUGUCUUCAAAAGCAGCUGUAAAAUGGCUUGUUUGAUGAUGUGUAACUGGACCCAAACAAUAAACAUCAACAAAAUGCUGCCUGAAAACAUGGCCAACAUGCAAUUUGUAUUAGACAGACAUUUUUAAGUGGUAAUUUCUUCGAUUGGGAGGCGAGUGAGAUAUGUUCUUUAGAUACUUUAGACAUACUCAUGGGGAAUGCGAUGACAUGAAUGGAAAGAUACAUAUUUCUAAGAGGAAUUUACUUUCUGUGGCCACAGUAAGUGCAGUGCUCAGUAUAAACCGCUUCUCUCAAUACAAUGCUUUGUCAGAUAUGUGUAUGUGUAUUGGAGGUAGCCUAAUGCAGAUAUGCGGUGGCAUUUGUAAUAAUUGUGUUUAAUGGAUACCAGCAACCCAUGGGUCAGGUCGUCAGUGGAUAAUUCACCAAAUAUGGCACCUGCCAGGCAGUUUAAAGUAUUUUUCUAGUCCCCAAUGCA